AUGGAGAUAUGGAGUUGCCGCUCCAGCGGCAAAACCACAAAGAAGCUAGAAGUCCUCCAGGAGGAGCGGAUGUGUAAUCUGCGAGUUCAAGACCAUCAGUUCUUUGCCUCGACACUGCCUGGAUCCAGACUGCCUUUGCGGAUGCAAUUUCCCGUGAACGUGUGGGAGUCCCUCCCGGGGCAGGAAGGGGUGGACGUCGAAAUGGUGAUAGAGCGUCCUGAGAAAGGCCCACCCCCGCGGCGACAGCCACAAUCUGAGCUUGGACUUCUUUUGAGGGAGCAGCGAUUUCCAGAGCCCCAAUACUUCACGAACGUGGACUGCAUGAGUAUACCGGGCCUCCUGUCACUCAAGGAGUGUCUGGGGAUCAUCAGCAUUGCAGAGUCGUAUGCUUUCCGACAGCAAUUCCGGAUGAAUGUGCAGGAUGUGCAAUGCUUGGACAUCAUGGACCCUGACUUUGCUCAGGCCCUGUGGAACUGUGGCCUGGGAUGGGUUCUGCGAGCAGUCACUGUGGACGGCAUGGUGCCCUGUGGCCUCAACGACGUGAUCCGAAUCCAGAGGUUUGUGGCAGGCGGCCAUCUCUCCAACCACAUUGACAGACCCAUUGAAAGAGGCAGAAAGAUCUCCAAGUAUUCGCUGCGCAUCUUUCUGAAUGGCAUCGGGGACGACAAUUUUGAAGGUGGCCUCAGCGUCUUCCACGUGCCUUUUGAAGAUCCAGUGGUGUUCGAGCCUGAGGCUGGUGUAGCCCUUCUAUACCCACAAGGAGAGCUCUGCACGUUGCAGGAAGACACCGAGGUUACCUUCGGGACGAAAUAUGUCUUGCGGGCUGAUGUACUGUUUGAGAGGCCGUAG